GGGAGGAGAAGUAACCAAAGAUGCCGGGAUCCCCUGCUUCUGGGCCUCUGAAGGUGGAAGAGAAGAAGGGUUCUAAGCUUUCAGCUUCGUAUAUUGUUUAUCACUUCAGUACCAAUGGAAUCUCUGUUGCCACUGCUACUGGCCUCACUCAUCCUUUAGAUGUUCUCAAAGUUAGAUUGCAAAUGCAGCUUGUUGGCCAGAGGGGUCCCUUAAUUGGAAUGGGAAAACUUUUCUCUCAAAUACUAAAGAUGGAAGGUCCUAAGGCUAUGUAUCAGGGAUUUACACCUGCACUGAUGAGAUCAGUUAUUUAUGGAGGUCUACGUCUGAGCUUGUAUGAACCAUCAAAAUAUGUUUGUGACUGGGCUUUUGGGUCCACAAAUAUCUUGGUGAAAAUUGCAUCUGGUGCAUUCUCUGGUGCCAUUGCUACCGCUCUGACCAAUCCAACAGAAGUUCUGAAGGUGCGGUUACAGAUGAAUUCAAAUGCGGAGAAAGGGGGAGUACUUAGAGAAAUACGUAAAAUUGCUUCAGAAGAGGGAAUAAAAUCUUUCUGGAAGGGGGUUGGCCCUGCAAUGGGUAGAGCUGCCAUGCUGACUGCAUCUCAGAUGGCAACAUAUGACGAAAGCAAGCGGGCUCUCAUUAGGUGGACAUCUCUUGAAGAAGGAUUUCAUCUCCAUUUCAUCUCAAGUACCAUUGCAGGAGCAGUGAGCACCCUUGCGACUGCACCCAUGGACAUGAUUAAAACCCGUCUCAUGCUGCAACGAGAAUCCAAAAAAUGUGGUGGUUACAGGAAUGGAUUUCAUUGUGCAUACCAGGUCAUUCUCACAGAAGGCCCUUGGGCACUCUACAAAGGGGGGUUUGCAAUUUUUGCGAGAUUGGGUCCACAAACCAUGAUAACUUUUCUUGUUUGUGAGAAACUGAGGGAACAUGCUGGCCUGAAGGCCAUCUGAUUUACAGGUUCUAUCUAUUCAAGAUUACCAGCAUAAUAUGGUUCGGUUUGAACCCUCAAUUUCAAAGUGAAACAGCUUUACAUGUUGCCAAUAAGUUCACAUCUGGAGGAGAAUGAAGUUGGGUAACUAUCAUCUUGAUUUUCUGCUUUUGAGUGGUUCAGAAGUUAGAUUCCACAUAAAGCGAAUCAGAUUAAGAAUGAGAUUUCAAGUUGAGCAAUGAGAUUCUUAACUCUCGAUUCUCAAUUCUUUCAAAUAAAUUCUUUUGUAAUAUCUGAUUGUUUUCCAUGAAACUGAUUUUCAUCUUUUCCUUGAAAUUCAAGAAUUUCACUAAUUAUUGUCAUUCUCAUUUAUCCUUGUCAAGUUUUGUAACCAAGAAGCUGUAAUUUAAUUUGCUUCUUAAGAAUUAUGGUUUUCGUGUUUGUAACUA